AUGGACAUCAGUACGCGCAUUGAAAUUUUGAAACUCUAUUAUUCCCUCGGUGAAAGCGCCACCGCUGCACUUCGUGGUUGCAAAACCAAACAUGGUCUCAUCAAAGAUCCUUUCACCGUGUCGACCAUCGCACGUUUGAUUGCGAAAUUUGAGUCCACUGGAUCUGGAUUGGAUUUUCCUGCUCCGCUGACCUAUAAGAUCUUUUAUCAGCUGAUAGAACGUCUGCUCGUCCCCAGUAAGCUUGUGAGUUCCGGUGUGAGUGAACGGCUCCCACCUCCUAUGCGCAGCUACCUACUCCACCUCCCUGAAUCAUCGGUGAACGAAACUAUGGCAACGACAACCACUGGACGACAAUCCGGUGGGGAACUCUCACCGAUGUCAUUUUUCAACCACGGAUACAGCAACCCUGAGCUGCUUGCCUUAAAACAACCAGAACCUCCAACGCAUACGUCAGUUUUUAGCGAAUCCAAGUCCAACGAGAAUGAGUUACAACGUGCGGCACUUCCAAGUUUCCUGGCUAGCCCAUGA